AAUACAUGUGACAAGAGCACAAACAAAUUUAUACACAUAUUUAUUUACAUUGCAGGUUUCUGAGCAAACAUUUCUGUUGUUCAAGAAACAAAUUGGUACGCUGAAUGAGCAAUUUUAUCUGACAGUGUGAACAUGUUCGUGGUUUAUUAUAAAGUUGGCUAAGCAGAAAUUGCGGUGACACUGGCAGUUUCGCUAUUACAUAAGAUAAUAUGUUGCAAAAUGCAUGCUAAGUACAUUUGUAAAUAUGUAUGUACAUGCAGGCUAAAUUGUCGUAAAACAGCGCAUUCUAUAUUUACAAAUAUACUUACUCAAACAGUUACAUAAAGAACGAAUGGCUGGCUCGUUUGUAACCUUAAAAUUCUGGUAGAAUUUUUUCUUGCAAAUGUAACAUACGCAUUGUUCUAACAUACACAUUACUUAUUACACAUGACAAACACCGGCGAAUAUUUUCAAUACCGAAUAUCAUCCAAGUUUGUUGGAGAAAUUCAAAUUGUGUUCUCCAUAAUUGUAUUGGUCAGUGGUAUUGCAAGCACAGUUUCGUUCUAUUCCAGAUUAGAGUCUGCAGAAGGCCAUGACAGAGAUUUGGCAGUGGGAUACAUUACUUUUUCCAUCCUGACAAUUAUUGUAGCUUUGACGGAUAUUAUAUUUGCAAUAAUUUUGAUCUCUGCUACCCAAAAAAUCAGUUUAGGAAGGUGUUUACUAUGGCGUGGAUCGGCCUGUGCCACGUUUGGCUUGUUCGGUUUGAUGACAAUUGCUUUUGUUUCAAUGAUGAAAACACCCACAAUUGUCUUGGGGUUCUUGCCAACACUAAUAUUUAAGCCCUUUGCACUUUGGGUCGUUGGUGGAUUUAUCAAAGAACUUCGCACGUUGGACAAUUUUCCAACUAAUUCAACAAUCAAUUUCCCACCGGCAAAACCAACUCUGAGCUUACAACAUCCACAAAAUACGAGAAGGACAACGAUGAUAUUCAGACGUGAAUCCGUAUCGAGACCACCUUCCGUAGUUGGUUCAAAAAUUACAACUAUUUCAGAAGAACCUUAAUAUUAAAUAUUAUGCUCUCCAUGUUAAAUGUGCAUACGUGAAUAAUAAAACUUCAACGAAUAGAGUACAUAUAA